GGCUACCUUGGCGUAACUCUCCUAAUGCAUGAAAACAGUGAUCUUACUCGUUUGGUCAUCAAUUCAAUACGAAAAGAUCUUGAUGAACUCAAUGAGAUCUAUAACUGCCUCGCUUUACAUGCAAUUGCAAACAUUGGAGGUAGAGAAAUGGCUGAAUCAUUAUCAUCAGAUGUUCAUCGCCUUUUAAUAUCCCCUAAUUCUAAAAGUUUUGUCAAGAAGAAAGCUGCUUUGACUCUUUUACGUCUGUACAGAAAACAUCCCGACGUAAUCCCCGCGGCUGAUUGGGCGGAAAGGAUUAUUAUGCUAAUGGGUCAACCUGAUUUGGGUGUUACAUUGUGUGUAACUAGCUUAAUAAUGGCAUUGGCGCAAGAUAAUCUAGAUGCAUACUUGAGUUGUUACGCUGAGGCUGUUAACCGAUUAUCAAAGAUUAUAGUUGACAAAGAAAAUCCACCUGAUUACGUAUAUUAUAAAGUUCCUAUUCCUUGGUUACAGGUUAAGCUGCUUCGAUUAUUGCAGUAUUAUCCGCCCUCUGAUGAUCGCGAAAUCCAAAAUAAACUGCACGUUAUACUCCAGACAAUAAUCAACAAUUCUCAAGAAGCUCAAAAAAAUGUUCAGCAUAACAAUGCUCAAAAUGCUGUAUUAUUUGAAGCGAUUAAUCUUGCAAUCCACUUAGAUACUGAAUCGCAAAUUGUCAAUCAGGCUGCCGUUCUUCUUGGAAGAUUCAUAAUAUCAAAAGAAACUAACGUAAGGUAUUUGGGCUUAGAAACUAUGGCUCAUUUAGCUGCAUGUGUGGAUUCAUUAGAACCAAUUAAAAAGCAUCAAGAUACUAUUUUAUUAUCAUUACGAGAUAAGGAUAUCAGCGUACGACGUCGAGGACUUGAUCUUUUAUAUAGCAUGUGUGACGUUACUAACGCCAAGGUCAUUGUUUCUGAAUUAUUGCGGUAUCUUAAUAUUGCUGAUUAUGCCCUACGAGAAGAAAUGGUUCUUAAGAUUGCAAUCUUGACUGAAAAAUUCGCCACUGAAUACCAAUGGUACGUUGAUAUAAUUUUACAAUUAAUUAGUACUGCUGGUGAUCAUGUUGGCGAAGAAGUGUGGUAUCGCAUAGUGCAGAUUGUUACUAAUAAUGAAGAACUUCAAGAGUAUGCUGCGAGAACUGUGUUCACUCAUCUAAAGUCUCCUACAUGUCAUGAAAACUUAGUAAAAGUGGGUGGUUAUAUUCUUGGUGAAUUCGGCCACCUUAUCACUAAUAUACCAGAAGCAAGCCCUCAAGAACAAUUUCGUGUUAUUCAUUCGAAAUUUGGUUUAUGUACACUUCAAACACGAGCGUUACUUUUAACCACUUACUUUAAGUUUAUCAACCUUUUUCCUGAGAUUAAAGGUGAAAUUUUGACAGUUUUCUAUCGGUAUCGCUAUGUGUUGAAUUCUGAACUCCAACAGCGUGCUGCCGAAUAUUUAACUAUCGCAACUAUGCCGAAUGAUGAUCUCUUGCAGUCAGUUUGUGAAGAAAUGCCACCAUUCCCCGAACGUGAAUCUGCAUUACUAUCGAGACUGCACCAACAGCACACGGAUACUGAAGAUAAACGAACAUGGAUUAUUGGUGGCAAAGAUGCUAACAAAGAACGAGAUAUGGCUCGAUUGACUUUAACAAAUAGAAGUAAUUCAUUGGAUAAUAAAGUAAAGAAUGAAACGAAUGGCAAUAAUGAUAUAGACCUUGUUAGUUUUGAAGAACUUAAAAUUAGUAAUGGAGACCAAUUGAUUACAACGAACUCAGGGCCUAUAGCAUCUGGUUCAAAGAAAGUUCCUGAUCGACUGCUAUUCACAAUGGAAGGUGUAUUAUAUGAGGAUACCCAGAUUAUGAUUGGUAUUAAAUCAGAAUACCAUGGUAACCUUGAGUGUAAGAAUAUAUUCACUGACAUGCCAAAAGUGCUUGUGUCCUUCAUUUCGGGGAAACUUCAUACAAUUAUAUUAAAAUUACCUAUUGUCCUGCCAAAGUUUAAUGAGCCUAUUCAACUGAAUGGAGCGGAGUUCUUUGCGAGAUGGAAACAAAUUGGUGCUGGCCCCCGAGAAAAACAAGUCGUUUUUCAUUCAAGUGCUCCAAUAAAUCUUUCAGGUGCACGAACUAUAAUUUUAGGUUUUAAAUUUGAGAUAUUAGAAGAAGUAGAUCCAAAUCCUACAAACAUUGUUGGUGCCAGCGUUUUACAUACAUCUGGAGGUGGAAUGUUUGGCUGUCUUAUGCGAUUAGAACCUAAUAUUGAAGCUCAGAUGUAUCGACUGACUGUCCGUACAACAAAUGAAGCUGUAACUAAUGAAAUUUGUACACUACUUGAGCCACUAUUGGCGAAUAUA